AAGACACUAAUUGCACAAACCAAAAACAAAACAACCAAUGGGGUCUCCAAUGGCCUCUUUAGUGGCAACUUUGCUUGUCUUAACAAUCUCUCUCACCUUUGUGUCUCAUUCAACCGCUAACUAUUUCUAUUCUUCUCCUCCACCACCGGUUAAGCACUACUCACCUCCUCCGGUUAAGCACUACUCACCUCCUCCAGUUUACCACUCGCCACCGCCACCCAAGAAGCACUACGUGUACAAAUCCCCUCCUCCUCCGGUUAAGCACUACUCGCCCCCACCGGUUUACCACUCGCCACCGCCACCCAAGAAGCACUACGUGUACAAAUCCCCUCCUCCUCCGGUUAAGCACUACUCUCCGCCCCCGGUUUACCACUCUCCACCCCCACCAAAGAAACACUACGUGUACAAGUCUCCUCCUCCUCCGGUUAAGCACUACUCUCCCCCACCCGUUUACCACUCACCGCCACCCCCCAAGAAACAUUACGUAUACAAGUCUCCUCCUCCUCCGGUUAAGCACUACUCCCCCUCUCCGGUUUACCAUUCCCCACCCCCACCUAAAAAGCAUUACGUCUACAAAUCUCCACCACCACCGGUUAAGCACUACUCUCCGCCCCCGGUUUACCAUUCCCCACCACCACCAAAGAAGCACUACGUCUACAAGUCUCCUCCUCCUCCAGUUAAGCACUACUCUCCUCCUCCGGUUUACCAUUCCCCACCCCCACCAAAGAAACACUACGUUUACAAAUCUCCGCCACCACCAGUGAAGCACUACUCUCUUCCCCCAGUUUACCAUUCCCCGCCCCCACCCAAGAAGCAUUACGUUUACAAAUCUCCACCGCCACCGGUUAAGCACUACUCUCCGCCCCCGGUUUACCAUUCCCCACCACCACCAAAGAAGCACUACGUCUACAAGUCUCCUCCUCCUCCAGUUAAGCACUACUCUCCUCCUCCGGUUUACCAUUCCCCACCACCACCAAAGAAACACUACGUUUACAAAUCUCCGCCACCACCGGUGAAGCACUACUCUCCUCCCCCAGUUUACCAUUCUCCGCCCCCACCCAAGAAGCAUUACGUUUACAAAUCUCCACCGCCACCGGUUAAGCACUACUCUCCUCCCCCGGUUUACCAUUCCCCACCACCACCAAAGAAACACUACGUAUACAAGUCCCCUCCUCCUCCGGUUAAGCACUACUCUCCUCCACACCAUCCUUACCUCUACAAAUCUCCUCCUCCUCCAUACCACUAUUAGAAUUCUCUAUCACGGAGAACACGACGUACACAAGAAGAAAAAGACAAGACGAAGCCAUUACUGGUGAUUGUAAUAAGAGAAAGAAAAGAUGAAAGAUAAAGAAUCCAAGCAGAGAAAUUUUUCUCAUCAUUUUCGAAGUAUUUUUAGAGUUUUAUUGUAAUAAUAUGGAACAUGUGUCUGUUGAUCAAUCAGUGGUACAUGCAUGCAAUCAGUAGUCACACAUAUAUGUUUGUAAGUUUAAUUACGUCUUGUGUCUUUCUGAUUUUUUUUAUGUGCAAGUUUGCUUUGUCCCAAUAAUAAAAGAUAUUUUCUUAAUUAAAAGUA